UCUCUCUCUUUAAUGUAUCUCCUCACCUCUCUCACUCUCUCCCCCCACCCAUCUCUCUCUUUCUCUCUCACUCUCUCUAUUGCCCCACCUCUCUCUCUCACUCUCUCUAUCUCCCCACCUCUCUCACUCUCUCCCCCCACCCCUCUCUCUCUUUCUCUCUCACUCUCUCUAUCGCCCCACCUCUCUCUCUCCACCCAGGUGUUUGUUAGUUUAAGGCAAUGAGGACAGGACUAGAGAGGGCAGGAGAGGACAGAAGGGGAAAGGAGAGGAGGGCAGAGGACAGGAGAGGAGGGGUGAUCUGUGUUUUCUGGAGAGAUGAACGAAGGCCUUUGUUUAGAAUGUGAGAACAUACUUUUUUCCCCUCUCUCUCACUCUCCCUACCUCUCUCUCUCCUCUCUGUGCACUCCUCCUUCUCCUCUUCCAUCCCCUCUUUUCUCACUCUCUAUCCAUUCUCACCUCUCACUUUUAGUUCUGCUGGUACAGUAUCCUCUGGGGAGUGUGCUUAAGGAGUCCGGAGUCUCUUGGGAGUUCUGUUGUCCACGUCUCCUCUUCUGCUUCGCAGGUUUAUUCUUUGCCUGAUUUUUGCUUCUGUGGGUGCUGCUAUACUCAGGAGGAUCUUUGUUACUUCUCUUUACUCCAAGACUGGACUGGAGGUGGUUUCAGAAACACAGCCCAGGUCUCAAAGUUUUUCCUUGUCUAUAGUCGUUUUUUUCUUGGACUAACUAUCUCAGUUAGUUUGUCUUGGACUAUCCCAGUUAGUUUGUCUUGGACUAUCUCAGUUAGUUUGUCUUGGACUAUCCCAGUUAGUUUGUCUUGGACUAUCCCAGUUAGUUUGUCUUGGACUAUCCCAGUUAGUUUGUCUUGGACUAUCCCAGUUAGUUUGUCUUGGACUAUCCCAGUUAGUUUGUCUUGGACUAUCCCAGUUAGUUUGUCUUGGACUAUCUCAGUUAGUUUGUCUUGGACUAUCCCAGUUAGUUUGUCUUGGACUAUCCCAGUUAGUUUGUCUUGGACUAUCUCAGUUAGUUUGUCUUGGACUAUCCCAGUUAGUUUGUCUUGGACUAUCUCAGUUAGUUUGUCUUGGACUAUCUCAGUUAGUUUGUCUUGGACUAUCCCAGUUAGUUUGUCUUGGACUAUCCCAGUUAGUUUGUCUUGGACUAUCCCAGUUAGUUUGUCUUGGACUAUCCCAGUUAGUUUGUCUUGGACUAUCUCAGUUAGUUUGUCUUGGACUAUCCCAGUUAGUUUGUCUUGGACUAUCACAGUUAGUUUGUCUUGGACUAUCUCAGUUAGUUUGUCUUGGACUAUCUCAGUUAGUUUGUCUUGGACUAUCCCAGUUAGUUUGUAUUGGACUAGUACAGUCUCCAAUCCUGGGUUUUGGAUUUGACCAGCCGUGGGCUCAGAUCCAGAAACCUGACAUGGCGAUGCUGAGAUUUUGGGUUCUGUGUUUGUGUGUGAGUGUUCUCAAUGUAGGCGUUCUAACUCUGACCCCCCAAAAACACGAGAUAGAAAAUGAGGUACAACACGACGUGGAACAUGUGCAUGGAACAUGGACCAUGGAACAUGAAGCGAGGGAACCCGAUAAAAUCUAUGCAGAGACUCUAGCAACCCACCAACCUGCCACAUACACUCCUAUAAUGGACACACGUGCCACAGUCCCAACUCUGACAGACAUACCUCUUACAGAAACAACUGUGAUAGGUACAGCUAUUACGGAGUCAGACGUACCUGUGGUCGCCACAUGUCUUUCAUCAGCCCUACCCCUCACCUCAUUACCGAAUGAUGAAGAAGGCAGGGAUCAGGAAAAAGGCAGGGAGGACAAGAAUCCAAGAAUUGAAGAGGAAGGGGAGGAGGAGGAGAAGGGGAGAGUGAGGGAUGAGCAGAUGAGAAAGGACAGAGAGAUGGAGGCGAGCAGAGGGAGGAGAGGAGUGACGGGAAGGAGACAUGCAGCAACUGUAGAGGCCACUGCGUACAGAAUGGCAGGUCUGGGGCGCCCCCUACCUGGCUGGAAGAAGCGAGGUACAAAUGGGGGAGCUGAACAGGAAGGUGUUCUCAGGACCAUACUAAAGGAACUACACGGUGAUAAGGACAGACUGAUGGACACAGAGAAGGCAGAGGAAGAGGAAGAUGAGGAGGAAGAUGAAGAAGACGAUGAAGAGGAAGAUGAUUCUGAAGAGGAGGAAGAGGAGGAGGAGGAAGAGGAAGAGGAGGAGGAAGAAGAGGGGACAGAGUCUCCCACCAAUCAGACAGUAGCAAGGACCAGCUUCACAGAGUCUCUCCCAGGGACGUGUCAAACGUCUAACGGACAAAUAAGCUGCAGGGGUAUUGGCAUGAAUCACCUCCCAGUCAUCACCGACCUUGGGGUCACGACCCUGGAUCUGGCAGAGAACAACAUCAGUCGUAUUGCCUCACGGGGUUUCUCUGGUCUUCCCAACCUGGAGAGUAUAGAUCUGAGCAAAAACCGACUUGAUGACGACUCGCUCAGCCACCACCUCUUCUCUAAUCUGACCCGGCUGAGGAGGCUCAACCUCGAUGAUAACCAGCUGACACGGAUCCCCCUGCUGCCACCUUUGCUGGGGGAGCUCACGAUGAAUGGCAACAAGAUCACCAGACUCACCCCUUACAGCUUCAAAGGUCUGUUCCAUCUGUUGUCUCUGGAGCUAGAGGAGAACCUUUUCCAAGACGGCAACGUGUCCCCUUUGACCUUCAAGCCGCUGAAGAGGGUCCAGUACCUGUGCUUGGACAUGAACAGGUUCCGCUCCCUCCCCCUCGGCCUGCCCCGCUCCCUACAGGAGCUGAGGAUGCGUGAUAACCAGUUACAGGAGGUACCAGAGGGGGUUCUGAGUGAAUUAGCCAAACUGAGAGUUUUAGACCUUAGUCACAACCUGCUGCAUGAGGGCAGCAUCUCAAACCGGGCCUGGGUCAAACUAACUUCUCUUGAAGCCUUGGACCUCUCUCAUAACAGCCUCACUUCAGUCCCCCUCUACCUACCCCGCCCUCUGCGUCAGCUGACCCUGCAACACAACUCCAUUGGUCGAAUCCCUGCGUAUGUCUUUGGCCACCUGCGCCCUGGCCUAGAGUCCCUCCGUCUAUCCCACAAUGCACUAGGGGACGAAGGAGUGCAAGGAGUUUCUUUUGUGGGCAUGUACCGAUCGCUUGUUGAGCUCCUAUUGGACAAUAACCGUCUGGGGGCGGUGCCUCGCAGCGUGUGGCAGUUUAGGAACCUGCAGGUGCUGAGGCUCGACUACAACCAAAUCAGGUCUGUGGCGGUGGGGUCGGUGUGUCACUCUCGUGUGGCGGUGCGUUCGGCCCUGGCCUCUCUCCACCUGGAGAACAACCUUAUAGAAGAAGACAUCCCCUCCACUACCUUCAACUGUAUUCAAGACCCUAGUAGUGUGGUCACACAGCCCCAGGAACACAUACACGAAGUGUAGACCAGCUUCUCCAUGUAUAGAUGUUCCACUGAACCAUCAUUAAACCUCCCUAUUUCCCCACCUCCCUUUCUUCACUAAUCACCUAUGUCAUCUCGUCAUGUAUGUAAACUCGUGUUUGUGAUGUCACAGUCGAUGAUGAUGAUGAUGAUGAUGAUAAAGAUACUAAUUCGUACCAGUACAGUUGUGUUACCUUACUCGAACAGAAAUGAAACUACUGAUGUCUGUGUAUGAAAAUGCUCUAGCGGUUGAGAGACAAUAUUAAAUAACAGCUAUUCCAACCUGUGUAUUUAAGGGUCUGGGGGAGGUUAGUCUUGGGGCAGGUUAGACGUAUACCAGGGGUAACAGGGUUACAGUGUCAGUGGGAGAUCUGAGG